UCCUACACAUAAUCGAUAAUGGCUUUUCCCAAAUAGUCAGAUUGGGCUUUUCCCAUAUCCGAUCUUCAACAAAUAGCCAACAUUACACCGCUCCAAUUUCAAAUCUUCCCCCUCUUUUGUCAAAUUUCUUGAAUUAGGGUUCAGCGCAGCUGUCAGAUUUGGGAUUUUCACUCAAUUGGGGGUGGUGACGAGAGUAAUUCGAGUGGCCAAUGCGAUUUAUUUCGUCGGAAUUCUUGGGUUUUUUCGGUGGUUUCUUUUGUUAAUACCGAAAAGACUCGAGCUUUCAUCAAUGUCGUGGGAUGGCCCUGAAGAUGUCUAUCUCUCGACUUCCCUAGCUAGCUAUCAUGACAAGAAGCUUCUUGUAUUACUUCGGGACGGCCGGAAGCUAUUAGGGAUCCUUCGCUCCUUUGACCAGUUUGCUAAUGCUGUCCUAGAGGGCGCGUGUGAGCGUGUUAUUGUAGGCGAGCUUUAUUGCGAUAUCCCCCUGGGUUUGUACAUAAUCCGUGGAGAAAAUGUCGUCUUGAUUGGGGAGCUGGAAUUGAACAAGGAUGAGCUUCCAUCUCACAUGACCCGCGUUUCAUCAGCUGAGAUAAAGAGGGCGCAGAAGGCAGAAAGGGAGGCUUCGGAGCUCAAGGGUCUGAUGAUAAAGAGGAUGGACUUUCUUGAUAUGGAUUGAAUUUUUUGGCAAUCCAGUUCAUCCGUUGUGCUCCAAUGCCUCGCGGAUGCUGGCCUUUUGGAAGUAUAACCGCGUUGUAGAGUCGUGCCUCUGCUCUCGUGGUACUUGGGCUAACCUAGCGCGAUAAGAAAAGCCCCAAUUCUUCUGUAGCGUGAUAAAAAAAGCCCAUAAUCUGCGGAUAAUGUAUAGACAAAGUUGAUGAAAUUGCAUCGGAAGUUUAUUGUUCAUUUGUGAUGAUUAUCUUUUAAUUUGUGUAAUUCGAUACAAUGUAUACUAUCUUUCAAUCAAAAGUAAAUUUACUUUUCAA